UACUAACUUACUAAUUAUCAAACAAACAUAAUUUUUCUUAAUCGCUUUACUGACAAUAGCAGUAAACUUACUUGUGAAAACCAACCUGCCGUAUAUAUAUUUCCUCUUCUAUUCAUUAUUACAAGAUCUGCAGAUAUAGGUGAGCAAAAAGCUAAGGUUUGGUAAGACAUUAAGCUAUGCAAAGCUGAAGACAAUUGAUUUGGAAAUUUUGGUGAAUCUUGUUGGUGACAAGGAAAGAUAUUUAAAAUCUCACAUGGUGCUAAAAUCUUGAGAUCUUAGAGAUCUCUUGCAAGCUUAUCUCAAUUCAUGAUUUGGUGAAUGUAUUCUACAAUUUCUUUAAAUAAAGAUACAGAUUGAGAGAGCUUUAUCCUCUGAAAUUCGAAUCUCAAACUAGUUUCUUCUUCAAUAUUUGUUUCAAAAAAAAAAAGAAGAGAAAAAGUGGAUUGAAAAUGAGUGCCCUGCAAGGUGUAUUUUCAAUUGUAGGGGCAAUUGCAGGGGCAAUUGCAGGGAGAUUAGUUGAGCCAGUGAUGCUCCACGUUGGUUUUGCUUUUCAGUACAAGAAGAAGCAGGAGAAUUUGGAAGUUGAAAUUAAAAACCUUGAAGAACUGAUAGAACAAAUCAAAGAAAAAGUUGAUGAAGCCAUUACUCGUGGUGAAGAAGUUGAUGAACCUGUUUCAAACUGGCUAGCGGAGGGGGAAGAAAGAGUUCCGAAAUUUAAGGAUGAAAAUACUGUUAACGAAAACAUGCAGUGCUCUGUAUUCUUAUGUCCGGACUACAUCUCGCGUUACAGAAUGAGUAAGGAAGCCGAAAACAAGAUCGAAGAAGUAAAAAAGUUCACUCAGAGUGGCAAUUUUAGCACAGUUGCACAUCCUAAGCCAUUUGCUCAAGAACUUCAAUUCACAUCGUCAAGUACAAACUAUGUGAAUUUUGAGUCGCGAGAAUUUGUUUUCAAUAACAUCAUGGCGGCAUUACAAAAUUCCAAUGUUAAAAUGAUUGGAGUAUAUGGAACAGGAGGGGUUGGAAAGACGACGAUGGUCGAAGAGAUUGGCAAACUAGUGAAAAAUAGACUUUUUGAUGAAGUCGUUGUGGCAGUUGUCUCUCAGGACGCAAAUGUGAGCAAUAUUCAAGGGCAACUCGCUGUUCGCUUGAAUCUGGAACUACAAGGGGAAACUCAUGAAGUGGGAAAAGCAAGCAAAUUGUGGAAUAGAUUGAACAAUGGGAAGAAAAAUCUCAUUAUAUUGGAUGAUAUGUGGCAAAACUUGGACUUGAAGAGAAUAGGGAUUCCUAUCAUUGAUGGAAACAAUUGUUGCAAAGUUGUGAUAACGUCUCGAAUCCGAGGUGUGUUGGAAGAGAUGCAUGUUGAUAGAUAUGUUCCAAUGCAAGUAUUAUCAGAGAAAGAAGCAUGGGCCCUAUUCAAGACGAAGGUGGGAAAUUCUGUUGACUCUCCUGAACUCGAUGAUAAAGAACUCCAUGAUAUAGCUGAUGCAGUCUGUAAAGAGUGUGGAGGCUUGCCGGUCGCUAUACUUGCAGUUGGAGCCGCAUUGAAAGGUAAGAAAAAAUAUGUCUGGGAAGAUGUACUUGAUCAAUUCAAAGAUUCCAUGCUAAAGAAUAUUGCGGGAAUCGACGCAAAGGUGUAUGCUUCCUUAAAGUUAAGCUAUGAUCGGUUAGAAUCUAGUGAUGCAAAAUCAUGCUUCUUGCUAUGUUGUUUCUUUCCUGAAGAUGCUAAUAUUUCAAUUGAAGUGUUGGCGAGACACUGCAUAGUGAGAAGUUUGCUUGGACAAAACACAAAUACACUAAUAAGAGCAAGCCGUCGAGUACUUACAGUGGUCGAUAUCCUCAAAGAUGCUUGUUUGUUGUUAGAAGGAAAAGAUGAAAACUUUGUCAAAAUGCAUGAUGUCAUUCGAGAUGUUGCUCUUUCAAUUGCGAAAGAUGAUGGCAAGGAAAUUCUAGUAAAACAUGGUGACAAAAAGUGGCCCGAGAAAGAUACAUGCGAAUCUUCCUCAGCAAUGUCAUUAAGGUUCGACAACACUCUUGAGCUUCCGGAUGAUUUGGUAUGUCCACAACUCCACACCUUGACCAUGAAAUUGAAAUGGAAUAUCAAUCCUUUGCUUAAUGUUCCAGAUAGGUUUUUCAGUGGAAUGGAGAAACUUACAAUUUUAGAAUUGAAUAGAAUCUGUAUGUUGCCUCCAUUAUCUCUUGCAAAUUUGGUUAACCUUCGGAUGUUAUGGUUAGAUUAUUGUGAGUUGGGAGACAUAGCUAUACUCAAGGAUCUAAAUAAUAACCUUGAAAUACUUAGCCUUCGAGGUUCUAAUAUCAAGGUUUUGCCAUCAGAGAUAGGAAAAUUGACUCGUCUUCGAUUGUUAGAUCUGGGAAAUUGUAGAAAGCUCACAGAGAUUCCACAAGGUGUCAUAUCCAAUUUGUCUCGCCUGGAAGAAUUUUACAUUUUAGAUGAGUAUGUGGCUGGGCCGAGGGAGGAAUGAAGCACAGUGAAUCUUGAUGAGUUGGGGAAAUUGACGCAAUUAACCACUUUACAGAUUCACAUACCAAAUGUCAUGCUAUUGCCCAAGGACUUCUGCUUUGAAAACUUGAUCAGAUUUAAAAUAUCAAUUGGUAUUUCCUUAAUUUGUAUGGGUAUUUCUAACACUUAUUCAAAGUCGUGUAAACUUGUGGGUGUUUCCUUAAUGGACAAGUUUAUCGUUUUGUUGCUGAGAGCUGAAGAGCUACAUUUGGAAGAAAUUGAAGGUUUACAAGAGGUGCUGCAUGACAGAGGUGGAGAGGGGUCUUUGAUGGAACGUCAUGGACUAAAU